AUGGAGGAGUCUCUUGAGCUAUGUCUGAUAUGUCUGAGUAAUCGAGCAAAAUACACCUGUCCAGCAUGCGCCUAUAAAACAUGCUCGUUAUUCUGCUACAAAACACACCAAAGGGAACAAUCAUGUACCGGUAAAGUUGAUGUUACACGAUUUGUAACUCGGGAUGAGCUAUCACAAACUCCCGUACAUCUAAAUCGGGACUAUAACUAUUUGCAAAACGUUGAUCGGAAAAUCUCGUUAUCAAAAGAGGACAUCAAGAGCAAUGCGCGAAAUAUUCUCAAGAGGUCGAGAAACGAGGUGAUGCAAGACCGCCGCCAAAAAAGAGUUAAAAGAAAUGAUGGUGGUGUUAAUGGCGGUAUAGGAGGCAACGUCAAUAAUUUUAACGGAAGCAAUAGUGGUAAUAAUGGCAAAAAUAGUGACAAUGGUGAAGAUCGACGAAGAAUUACAAUGUUGGAAGUGUUUCCUCAAAACCCGUCAAUUGUGAUAAAGCGACAAAAUACAAUGGUAGUUCAACUUCCGCUGGGGAUGCAGAGGGCCGUUUCAAACAAGACUGGAUACGAUAAAAAGCUGAAUACUUUUGUUUGGACAGUAGAGUGGAUCUUGCUUGACAAUGACCAGGGUAAGCAACUUGACUCAUAUACCAGCUUCCGACUAAAAGAAUCGGGAGUAUUGAAAGAGAUUGUACCGCAAGUGCUUUUAUCACGAAAUGGAUUUGAUGCAUUACCGUUUUCGUCUUGUCCUGGUUCUUCUGCUGAUGCCGAUGCUGAUGCACGCUCACCGCAACUUUAUUUUUUUCUUCGCAACGUUGCAAACAAACCAAUCAAUUCACUCAUACAAUUGAGUUCUAAUGCCAUACUCUCUGAUGCGUUGAAGGACAAAAUUGUGUUGGAGUACCCAACUAUCUAUAUCACGACAAACGUUAAAUCGGUACAGAAUCGCAUUGUUAGUGAAAUACAGGGUUACGGUUUACGUGGAGACUCAGAUCAAUCUAGCUCUGACUCUGAUUCUGACACGGGUAGUGAAGUAUCCUCUUCAUCGGGCACAGGGUCAGAUUCAGAUUCAGAUUCAGAAUUAGAUUCAGACGCAGACGCAGACGCAGACGCAGAUUCUGAUACCGAUUCACGGGAUGCAUCUGAAAGUGAGGAUAGUGGUCCCGAGGAAGCUUCACUGAAGAAGUUAGAAAUUGAAGUAGGGGACGAUUUUGAGGAACAAAAAUAUGAUAAUAUAGAAAAAAAAGAUUUGGUAACGAGCUUGGUAGAGGUUGGAGAUGUCUGUACUGUCGGCGACGUAGCUGGCGAAAGUUCUUUGGAUUAUUUAAACGGCGUAGAUUAA